GAAGUAAUUCCUGAAGGAGUUCCAUGUAAACUAUACUUUGAUCUAGAGUUCAAAUAUGAUGUUAAUCCCUGUUGUAAUGGAGAUGAAUUGGUCAAGAUAUUUGUUAAGCUUGUAUGCUGGGGUUUAAGAAAAAAGUUUGAUUUAUGUUGUGAUAUGAACAAUGUUUUAUGGCUCACUGCCAGUUCAAAGGAAAAAUACAGUAGCCAUCUUAUUUUUCAGAUAGAUAAGGUUGCCUUUGCCACCAAUAUUGAUGCAGGAAAUUUUGUACAUUAUCUUUGCUACGAAAUUAAUAAUCCUUCAGAAGAAGAAGAAAUAAUUGAUAACUUCGAGAAACCAUCGAAAGAAGAAUUAAAAAAACUUAUAAUUAAAAAUAGAGAUAAAGAAGAUAUAUUCUGUGAUUUAGCUGUUUACAGGAAGAAUAACAACUUCAGACUUUAUUCAUCAAGUAAAUUUGAUACAAUUAGACCUAUGCAAUUGUCCACAGAAAAUGAAUAUUAUUUCUUCCCAUCUGUUGAUGAUAAAGAAAUUUUUUUAACAUCUUUAGUGACACUUCUCGAGAAGACCACUAUAAGGAACUUUUUAAGAUUCGAAGAUACUUAUAAACCUAAGCCUAAAAAGAAAACUAAGAAAUCUAAAAAGAAAACAAUUGUAGAAGGAAAUAGUAAACCAGGUGCAGAAGAAAUCAUUGUUGAUGAAUAUCAAAAAAUAUUAAAUGACAGUUUGACGGAAGAAGAAGAAAAAUAUAUUUUGGAAAUGUGUUUACAGAUGGAAAUACAAUUUCAUUGGGAAUCAAUUUACAAUAAAAAGAAAUUAAAACAAUAAAUAAGAUUAAAUAUAUAUAAACUAUUAUUAGAGCCU